UGGAGCGCUUUCUCGACACGACAGCCACCACUACCGAUGCCUUGCCACGCUUCAAAACGCUGCUUGAUGCAGCUUAUGAGAGAACCGGUUCGCACAGGAACGGUUCCUACAUUUCUUGUUCCUGCACUUUCUCAUCCAUUGAGGUCACAAUGCUUUUCAACAACCUCAGCAGUCAAGUCCCGAGUCGGCAGCUCGCCAGUUUCCAUUCCUCCUGAGGUGGAUCUGAAAUUUAUCGAUCUUCCGCAAACGCAGACUCGUGACAGGUCGAAAGAGAUUCCAAAAAUCGCCAUUGAAGUGAACGGUCCAUUGGGUCAAAUGAAGCUGAACAUACCUCCCUUCGUCAAUGUCGCUCACGAUGCGACGCUCCGAAAAGCAACAAUUACCGUCCAUGAUCCAGAAAUUGCUCACCAGCGUGCUAUGUGGGGCACGACUCGCGCUCAUCUUCAAAACUACAUUCUCGGCGUCUCUGAAGGCCAUGUUUGCAUUUUAAGUCUGGUCGGUGUCGGGUACAGGGCAACUAUUGAAUCAACCGCUACCACAGUAUCACCAGAAUACCCUGGCCAACAAUUUGUGUCGUUGAAGGUUGGCUACUCUCACCCAAUCGAGUUGGGAAUUCCGCAAGGUGUAAAGGCUUCAACCCCCCAGCCCACUCGCAUUUUACUCGAGGGGAUCGACAAAGAGAUUGUCACCCAGUUUGCAGCUGAGAUCCGGGAGUGGAGGAAACCGGAACCAUACAAGGGCAAGGGUAUUUUUGUGAAUGGAGAGACCAUUCGCUUGAAGUCAAAGAAGAUCAAGUGAUUGUGUUUUUGGGGUUUGCUCCCUGUAUGUACGUUUAUUCGGUUGGUUGUAUAUUUAGGCAUGGCA